CUAAACUCUAACCGUGGCUACUCCACGUCCUCUAAAUCCCUCUCCUUCAACUCAAAUCCAUGGCGGUUUCUUAAAGCCCCCAAAUCCUCCUCGUAUUUCAAUGGAGCUGAGAAGGGUUCCAAUCUCCAAGCCUCGCGCUUUCCUAAUCAAGCGCCCACUAAGCUGCCUCCCACGACCUCCUCCGCCGCCGCCGCAGAAUAAUCAUAGAUUACUAAACCGGGUAACCUCUAUUCUCUCAGACUCCUCAUUGAAAUACCCUCAAUGUAGAUCUCUCAUCUCCCUCUUGAACCCUCAUGACUUCGACACCUUGUUCCAUUCCAUCGCCACCUCCCCCUCCUCCUCCUCCUCCUCCUCCAUUCUCAACCCCAAGACUUCUCUCCGCUUCUUUCAUUUCGCUUCCAGAGCUUUCAACUUCCAGUUCACUCUUCGCUCUUAUUGUCUCUUGCUUCGUUUACUUCUUCUCAACCAUCUCACCUCCCCCGCCAGAUUGCUUCUCAUUCGGUUGAUCGACGGCAAUCUCCAAGCCAUUUAUGCUCUCCCUCCCUCUAAUAGGCACGUUGAGAUCGCCAUGGCUAUCUCCGCAUUCGAAAGAGCCCCGGCGCUUCAGGCGUUGGAUAUUUUGGUUCAUCUCUACUGCACGCAGUUCAAGGAUUCCGGGUUUUGCUCUGCCGUUGGUGUUUUUCAGUUCUUCUCUAAUAAGGCAUUGUUUCCGUCACUCAGGACUUGCCAGUUUUUGUUGAGUUCCCUAGUCAAGGCCGGCGAGCUUGAGAAGAGCUACAUUGUGUUUGAUGCUAUUUGUCGUGGUGCGUGUCCUGACGUUUACUUGUUUACUACUGCAAUUCAGGCUUUUUUUAAGGGAGGCAAGGCUGAUGAUGCCAUGGCUUUGUUCUCUAAAAUGGAGGCACUCGGCGUUGCGCCCAGUGUUGUUACUUACAACAGUGUUAUUCACGGGCUGUGUAAGAGCAGGCGGUUAGAGGAGGCUUUUCGGGUCAAGGACAAGAUGGUACAAAACAAUGUCAGUCCCAGUCUUGUAACGUACGGUGCGCUUGUUAAUGGUUUUAUUCAGCUGGAGAAGUUUGAGGAUGCAAUUUGCGUUUUGAAGGAAAUGGAUAGUAAGGGAUUUGUCCCCAAUGUGGUGAUCUAUAACAUGCUGAUUGGUGGUUUUUGUAAAAUGGCUAGUAUGGGCGAGGCACUCAAGGUAUGGGAUGAAAUGUUAUCCAAUGGUGUUUCUCCAAAUUCUGUUACCAUUAACGCUCUACUGCUGGGAAUCUUUAAAAACAACCACUUUGAGGAGCAUGCUGAGCGGGCCGUAGAUGAGAUGCUAAUGCUAUCCAGUGGUUCAUUGGUGGACAAACGCGUUUGUUUCUCAGCCAUUCAUUUGUUAUGCAAGAACUCUAGGUUUGAUUCUGCAGUGAAAUUCACAAAUGAAAUGCUUUUAAGAAACUUCAGACCCAGUGAUAAUUUGCUUACUACAUUGCUUGUGGGGCUCUGUAAGGAUGGAAAGCAUUCUGAGGCAACUCAGCUUUGGUUUAGGCUAUGGGAUAAAGGGUUUGCAGCCAACACAGUGACCUCCAAUGCUCUAAUUCAUGGAGUUUGUGAAACCUGUAGCAUGCAAGAGGUUGCUAGGCUACUCAAGGAAAUGGUAGAGAGAGGCUUCGUACUGGAUACGAUCUCAUGCAACACACUCAUCUUGGGUUGGUGCAAGGAGGGAAAAGUGGAGGAAGCUUUCAAAGUUUGGGACUGGAUGGGUAAGAAUGACAUUUUUCCAGACACAUAUACUUACAAUUUGCUAAUUCAUGGUCUUUGUAAUUUGGGCAAAGUGGACGACGCUGUUAAACUUUGGGAGGAGUGCAAAAAGCAUGGUCUUGCCGAUAUUUAUACAUACGGAGUCAUGAUCAACGGGUAUUGUAGAGCUGACAGAAUCAAAGAGGGUGAAGACCUAUUUAUAGAGUUGGUCACUAAGAAACUACAACUGAAUUUUAUUGUUUAUAAUACGCUUAUCAGAGCAUACUGUACAGAUGUGAACAUGAUGGGAGCCCUUGGUCUCUGCUGCCACAUGAAAAAGAAGGGUAUUCAACCAACUUGUACAACAUAUUCUUCUCUUAUACAUGGGAUGUGCAAUAUUGGCAAUGUCGGAGAUGCAAGAUAUCUUCUUGAUCAAAUGAGGAAGGAGGGUUUGGUCCCCGAUGUUGUUUGCUACACCGCACUAAUUCAUGGUUAUUGUAAGCUAGGCCAGAUGGAUAAAGUAGGGACUGUUCUUGGAGAGAUGUCUUCAUACAACAUACAACCUAAUAAGAUUACGUACACUGUCAUGAUUGAUGGGCAUUGUAAACUAGGUAAUAUGGAAGAAGCAACUAAACUUCUAUGCGAGAUGGAAAAAAAGGGAAUCGUCCCAGAUGCUGUCACUUACAAUGCCUUAACAAAUGGAUUUUGCAAGGAUAAGAAGGUGGAAGAAGCUUUUGAAGUUUGUGAUGAAAUGUUCAGUAAAGGUCUAGCUUUAGAUGAAAUUACCUAUAUGACGUUGGUCAGUGGGCUGCAUCAGACCAAUGCAAACGAGGAACGAUAUUCAGAACAUUGAAAGUACAGGAUACUUUUUUAUAAGCACUGAUUGUCGUUGCUGAUGGAAUGAUGCGUACCAUCUCCAAAUUGAUGCUUGAGCUUGAGAGGGAAAGAAGCAGCUUGCUAAACAAAUGGUAGAUCUGCAACAGCUUAACUCCAUGCACAGAGAUAAAUACAGCUUUUCUCCUUAAGGCAAUGGAUACAGACGCUUCUUCCAUGACCACGCAAAGGAGCUAAGGCCAAAGAGCUAGAGACGAAGAGGUCUUCGCCUUGUUUGCAGCUCAUGUUCCAUUCGAGUUGCCCAAAAUUAAUAGUGCAGAUAUCUCGACUCCUAAUUGGACUACUGGCCCCCAAGUUUGAAGAUGGAAUUACUUAUUUCUAUCUGUAAAAAAGUUACCAAAAGGGCCUAAGGUACUAAAAUUCAUUAAAUCAAAGAUUAGUGGAAACUGUAAGGGUUCAAGCCCUUACUCUACCUAGCUACAUCGAGAUUAUCUUGGGACAGGAGAUUUUUGCCAGAGAAAAUUUCACUUGUAACUAUUGUUGAAUGCCCCAACCGUUAUAGUUGCCUAGUAGGGGCAUUUAUUGGCCCAUUUGAUUUAAAAUUUUGGCAGAUAUUGGCCCAUUCGGAAUUUUUAGUUCCUUCGAUGAUUUAUUUCCAGAUCCACCACUGACAACAUUGAUAUCGUGUUAAUGCCAAGUUGCCAACUAUAUAUA